UGGCUCUGCCACAUUCCUCUUCGAGUGCAGUCAGCUGGUCAUGAACAGGGAAAUAGGGGACUUAUUGUAAGUUAUAUACGUUUGUGGAAGACGCGCACUAUAAGGACCAGAGCGCGCUCCCGAGCCUGCAUUGGACACGAGCCCCCGACCCCGAUAGUCCGCUCCUGUUGUCCAAGUCAAGUGGUCCCACCAUGGACCCUGGUCGCUUCCAGUAUGCGGUCUUCUUCGAGAGUCCCAGUCUGGACCCCGAGCAGAAGAAGAAAAUAGAAACGUACUUCAACGUGCGUCGCAAGUCUGGAGGUGGAGACUGCGGCUGUGUAACAAACGAGCACGGCAACGUGUACAGGAUCGCUUUUAAUAACCGAGAUGCUCAGGAAAGAGUCCUGGGGAGACCUGCACAUGUGCUGGAGCUUCCAGGGGGUCCUCUGGUGCUGACUGUGCGAAGCAGCCCGGGACCUUCAACCGGCUCUCCCAUCACAUCCCCGACUGCAAGCAAGUCAGUUAGCCCGAAACUGGAUUCAGCGUCAUCCCAGCAGACACAGCCGUCCAGCAUGCUGACAAGUGGUGAAGAACAUGAACUACAACUCGAGUCUCCCCUCCUACGUUAUCUAAAGGAGUGCCCAACGGCUGUGAAGGACCUGGAGGAAGCACUCACCUCUGUGGCCUGCUCUGCCCAGCUGUUCCCAGAGGAGGGGAGGGCUUUAGUUAGCCGCUUAGCUCAAGCUGGGGCUGCAGUUAGAAAUUGGAAAGCCGAGGUAGACAAACUCUUUGACGGCUACAUGUGCCACUAUGAGGCGGACCCUCACAAAGUUAAAGCUUUAGUUCAGUCCCGCGGCUCUCGUCAGACCACAGAUGAGGUGAAGGUGUACAGCGAGUUAGGGGUGGCCGUUGUGGUCGGGAAGCGCUCUCAAGUGAACGCCGUGUUGAUGGCCGUAGAGAACUCGUAUGCUAAACGACGGUCGGGUUACAGCGUGAAGCAAACAAGUAUUUAUCGACUCGGCGAGGCCAAGCUCCGCCUCCUCUGGGAAGACAUGGAGCGCAGUUUGCGACAAGAUUUUCCAGGAGUGAAGGUUGUGCAGGGAGCUGCAGGUCAGUUAGUCUUGGAAGGUUCUGCGGAGGAGAUUCUCAAGGCUGAAGAUUUUAUCUCUGAGCAGGAGAAUGCUGUGUUAGAAAGGACCGUUUCUGACAUGAGCCUACAUUCUUUGGCCUUCUUGAGAAAGGCCUACUGUGGUCCAGGGGUUCUAGGGGACUUUUUAGGGGUUGGGGGCAAGGUGGAAAUAGAGUUGCGAGACACAGAGGUACGUUUCGUAUCUCUUUCCACUGAUGAUCUUGAUGCAACUGUAAAGGCACUGCAAGGUGAGAUCAAGGAAGUCAAGAUUUAUGUUCCUAACUGCUCCUCUGUGCCAUCUGAUCUCAGGGAAAAGCUAAAGUCCAAGACGAGUGAGAUGAACCAAGGCCAAUACAGGGCUCAGGUUGUGUUUGGCACAGAGAGAACGGUAUGCCUACUGGGCCACGCCAAAGAGGUGGAAGAGCUGAAUGAAUUUGUCAUCCAGUUUAUUUUGGACAAGUCGAGCAUAGAAGGCAUGGUCAUUCUUCCUUACCCAGAGUUAGUACAAGUCUUACCAGAAUUUCUGCAGCUGCAUGGUUUUGACUAUUCAGGGGUUACCUUCCACCCCAUAGCAUCUUCCUCUGGGCCCUCGGUAGGCCUGGAAGGUCCAUCUGGAAAAGUGACCGAGGUCAGGAACAAGCUUGCAACAUUUCUGGUUUCCCUUGUUCAGGAUAGAGUCACCAUUGACCUACCGGGGGCAGUAAGGUAUUUUGAAAGUCCCACUGGAAGAGACAACAUUUUAAGUGUCGCUCAUUCUCAGAAGUGUCUUUUACAGUUUCAGGAACACACUGACGCGACAAGACAGAUUUUGGCAUCUGGUGCAGGAGAAGUAAACGCAACGGUUGCUAGCUACAGCCUUCGUGAUGGGUUCCAGGUGCUGGUGUGUCAGGGUGACAUCACCAAACAGGAAGCUGAUGCCCUGGUGAACGCUGCCAAUGAAGAUCUGGACCACUGUGGUGGGGUCGCUGCUGCACUGAGUAAAGCAGGCGGCCCUCAGGUGCAGAAGGAGAGCAGAGCGCUAGUUAAGCAGACUGGAAAGGUUGCUACAGGUGAUGUGGUAGUGACCACAGGGGGGAACUUAAACUGCAAGAAACUGCUGCAUGCUGUUGGGCCUGUAGGAGGACAAGCAGGUGGCAGAGAGAAGAUCUUACUGGAAAAAGCUGUACAGUCUGCUCUGAAUUUAGCAGAGAUGAUGGAGUUCCAGUCGAUAGCCUUGCCCUGUAUCAGCUCAGGUGUGUAUGGUGUUCCUGUCGCCGUGUGCUCUGACGCGAUUGUAACCGCUGUAAAGAAGUUUGGCAGUCAGGGAGGGCGAAGUCUGAGCAGAGUCAUCCUGAUUGAUAACAGAGGAGAGGUGGUGAGGGCCAUGCAGGAAGCAUGUGACCGGCUUCUCCAAGGGAGAAGCAGCGGAAACGACGCACCAAGAGAUCCGGGGAUCCAAAGAGGAGCCACUGGCGGAGCUCCUAAAGAUGGUGUCCAUGUGGAGAUCAUUCAGGGAACCAUAGAGACCCAGCAGGUGGAUUGCCUGGUAACCCCCAUGGUUGGCCACAAUCCCAUCUCGACCCGUGUUGGAAACGUUUUGUCAGAUGUGGUUGGACCUCAGCUGACUGCAAUGUUUCAUACGCAAGCAGGAGGAGCAACUGUGCCUAGUGACGUAGUCCUGGUGACGGGCUUGCCUGCCCUUCAAGCUAAAGGAGUGUUCUUCCUCCACCUUGUUCCCUGGGAUAAUAACCCAAAAGGAGUUGCCAUCAAGGCUCUGAGAAGGGGCAUCAGAAACAUUCUGGAUUCCUGCAGUAACAGAGGCUUCAGCUCAGUCGCCUUCCCUGUGCUCGGGACCGGUGUUGCCCUGCGUUUUUCUCACAGCGUGGUGUCCAGGGUUUUCCUGGAGGAGCUCCGUCAAUUUGAACACGACCAGGUCGCCAGAGCAUCUUUCCUGGUCCGCAUUGUCGUCCACCCCAAUGACAAAGAUUCCAGCAAGGCCUUCCAGUCUGCCCAAGAAACUCUGCAUCUCAGAGGAUUCACUAACGACGCAACCCCAGACAAAGCCUCUUUUUACCGCCACGUCUCCGGAACUGAUGAUGAGGUCACAGCCACGCUGGGCGGGGUCAAGCUCCAGCUGGUCCACGGUGACAUCAUUCAUGAGCGCACUGAUGUCCUUAUCAACACGACUGACUUUUCCCAAAAACAAUCUGGUGUGUCCAAAGCCAUUGUGACUGCGGCUGGGUCCAGUGUCCAAGCACAGUUGGCGCAAGUGGGCAUUCCAGCAGACUACAUGUGCACCACAGGACCCGGGUCUCUUGGCUGUAGGGAAAUCAUUCACGCCAGCUUCAGGUGCGACCCUCAGACGAUUCGGAAGAACUGCAAAAAGAUACUGAAGCAGUGCGAGAGCAAAGGCUACAGCUCAGUGGCCUUCCCAGCCAUCAAUACUGGUGUGGCGGGUAUGGACUCUGACAAAGCUUGUAAAUCCAUGCUGGAUGGCAUGACCGCAGCUAUUAAUGACUUGAAACCAAAUUCCCUCCGACUCAUCCGCAUUGUCAUCCUCCAGCAACCGGUCUUCCAGGCUUUCAGAGCGCAGCUGGAGAAACGUUUUGGACUAACAGCUGCUUGCCACCUCAGUCUCAAAGAAAAAGCUGAACAAAUCCUCAAAAAGAUUCACGACAAGCUUUUAAGAACCUCAACCACUUCAACGCCUCAAGGCAGAAGCUUCACCUCCUCAAAGCCACCACCAGCUGUAGUAAGUGUGAUCAGUUGUAGUGCCGACACCAGCAGGACCAUCAGGAGAGAUUUGGAGGGGAUCCUGCAGAAACUGCUGGUAGAGAGAGAGGUGGAUGUCCAGGAUUUGUCCAGGCUUGAUGGGAUGGAGCUGGAGGCCGUGCAGGCCAAAGUCAGAGCCUUGGGUAUAGGCCUGGAGUACAGGAGAGACGAGGGUGCGAACGGCAACCGAGCCGGAAACGCAGCCAGAAACCGGUCCGGGUCGAGGCGCGAGGUCUGCGUGCUGACGGGCCUGAAAGAGGACGUGUUGGGCGUCAUCGAGCUCAUAAACAGAGCAAUCCAAAAGGGGCUUUGCCAAGACCUCCAAGAUAAAGAAGAAGCCGGGUUGGCUCUUUGUGUCCAGUGGUCCAUUCAGGAUGUAAACAAAGCCUGGCGCGAGCUCAACCUGCAUGACAACUACCAGCUGGAGGAGGCUCACCUGAAGAAACAAGUGUUUGUAGAGUUGCCACCAACGGGCGGCAGGAAGCUGAAAGUGAACCUGAGGAAACAAGAAGCCACCGACUGCCUGACGGGCAACACGUACAAAGCCAAGAGGAACGAGUCUGAAACGGGCUUAGAGUUGCCGACACAAUGGGAACCGAUGGACGGACAGGUGUUUAAAACGGUGGAGCUGCAUCCCAACUCGCCAGAGUACCAGACCGUAGCCAGGGGCUUCCUCAAAACGGCUAAAUUUAACAUCCAAAAAAUCGAGCGGAUGCAGCACCCGUUCCAGUGGAAGGCCUAUACUCUGUGCAGGCAGCGGAUAUUGGCCAAAAACGGCCCGACGGACCUCGGGGAGAAGUCUCUCUACCACGGCACGUCGGCAGAGUCCUGCAACAGCAUCGGGAUGGACCGGUUCAACAGGAGCUUCGCAGGACAGCACGCCGCCAUGUACGGAAAAGGAGUUUACUUCGCCGUCAACGCAGCGUACUCGGCGAGUUACGGCGCGCCGGACGCGUCGGGCUCCAAGAGGAUGUACGUGGCUCUGGUCCUGACCGGCCGCUACACGGUGGGCCAGGCCUCCAUGAACGCCCCACCCCCUCGCGGCGCCGACCCGACCGACCGCUUCGACAGCGUGGUGAACAAGCAGCAGCAGCCCGACAUGUUUGUGAUCUUCCACGACGACCAGGCCUACCCCGAGUACCUCGUCACCUUCAAGUGAGUGCACCUGAAGGACUCACCUCCACCACAGAAACACACCUUUUAAAACCGUGUAAUGGGUAAUGUGACUCCUACUAGGCCGUGUGUAAUAACCCUUUAUUUGGCAACGGUUUGUUUUUAAGCGUCAUUAAUUGUAUCUGUUUGAUUAAUACCAUAUAUACUAUAGACUUGUGUAUUGAUCUGACACAAGUCUUUAGCCAUCUACAUUUUAACAAUGUAUGAAAAAGAAGAAUGAGUGUAAAACCCUUUAUUCUCAACAUUGAACCAUAUGCACCAUGGUCAUUUAUUAGUGCUAUUUUAAUACUAGAUUUACAGUAGUAUGGAGUCAAUAUGUCUACUUCAAGUGAGUGAAAAGUGAAGAAUUUUCCUGCACAAUAAAAAUAUAUUUCCGACGGGUA